AUGGUGCUGAAAACCUGCAAUCAUUGCAGUUUAGAACAACGCGCCGACAGUCCGGCCUGCACCCGAUGCAAUCGUCUCAAAUCCUUCUGUCCGACAGCUCGCCGUAACAAGCGCUUGAAGUAUCGAUCGACCGCGCAGAAUGUCCUCAGAGAGAGACACGAUUACAGCAUUGAACAUGAACAACGCCGAGUUUCAGACACGAGUGACAGCCAUGCCUCGUCGUCCUCAAGUCAAAGCUCAGUCUCGCGAUCGUCAUCCAACGCAAGUGAGCACAACUGGUCACCGGAGAGUACCGAACUCAUAGUACCAUCGCCCGAGAGAUUGCUCGCCCCAUCCGCUUCCUUCCAAACCACCUCAGACGCAUUGCGCACCGUAAUGGACGUUGAACAAUUCGGAAUGAUCCAUGAACCGUUUGCAUUUGGCACCAGCUUUAUUCCCGACUCUCAAAAAAUCAUAUACACCAUUCUCAGCCUAUCCGCCGCAAAUCUGACCGAGGGAUACCUAGCCUUCCUAUCACUCAUGACGACAUAUCAAAGGUCCCUAGUCGUGAGGAGAAAGGAGCCGGACAUGGUCAAAGCUGCGAAAGGGCUACAGCGUCUGCGAGAUAUGACGAUACAGAGCGACUAUGAUUCAGGCUGUGCUCUCUUUCUCGGUCAGACGAUGUAUGUCUUCAAUCUCUUAACAACGCCAUACUCAAAAACGGCCCACUCGAUCGUGCGCAGCGCCCUCAUGUCAACAAAGAAAUGGCUGCCUCGAUUGAUCGAAGCCCCUAUAAUGGACACGAUAACCAUGUCCCCAAUCAUCAUUGACACCGUCGAGUGUCUGGUGCAUCGCGAAAUCCCUAUAAUACGCCUCGGUCCCAUGCAACGCAUUGUCGUCGAUCGAUAUGCAGGCCUCUGCACGACCCUUCUUCCCCACCUGUACGACAUAUGCGAGUGUAGCCAUGCCUUGAAAACAACCGCGUUUGAGCCCGAAUCUGACGCACUUUACGCGAUUUGGGAACGCCUGGAUGAUAUAGAGGAAAGCAUCCGGCGCUGGAGAGCCCAAACACCGCCUCAAUUGUUUGAAACAUACGGCCAAAACGCGGUCUUGGCCAUGAUCACACAAGCAAAUGUAUAUCGUUUAGCAGGGCUGUUGGUCAUCCACCGUUUACGAUACCCACUUGGUGUUGAGGAUGAGCAGGCGCAAAAAUUUGCAAAUAACAUCUUUGCAGAGUUGGCCUUCUUUGCUAAAUCGGCAGACCAGUCAGCGAGCGCUUUGCCUGUGGUGUUUCCGUUGACGGUGGCCAUGUUUGAGAUUGAAGGACCUGGAGAAGAUUUGCUAGAUCGCUUGGCUGCAUUCACUGUCCAAAGUGUCAGUGCAUUCCGACUUCGGGACUUCAUAAAGAUUGUCAGGCAAUCCAGGGAGUCUGCGUUCAAGGGCGUUUGGUUUGACCUGGUUGACGCGCAUCUUCAUGUUGCGGCGCCACCAUAG